UUCUAGUUGAAUAUCAACUAAAAGACAGAGCAAAUAUAAAGAAACUCAUCAUCUUGUCUCUGAACUGUAUAGUUAAAUUUUCUGGACCUCCAAGCGUAAAAAACUUCGAGCAAUAUGUCUUAUAUGCUUCCUCAUUUAACAAAUGGUUGGCAAGUUGACCAGGCAAUCUUGAGUGAACAAGAGAGAGUUGUUGUCAUUAGAUUCGGGCAUGAUUGGGAUCCAGCCUGCAUGAAGAUGGAUGAAACGUUAUACAGCAUCGCUGACAAAGUCAAAAACUUCGCCGUUUGUUAUUUAGUGGAUAUCACAAAAGUACCGGACUUCAACAAAAUGUAUGAAUUGUACGACCCUUGUACGACUAUGUUUUUCUAUAGAAAUAAACACAUUAUGAUUGAUUUAGGAACCGGUAAUAAUAAUAAAAUUAAUUGGCCUAUGGAAGAUAAACGAGAAAUGAUCGACAUUUUGGAAACUGUUUACAGAGGAGCAAGGAAAGGCAGAGGUCUUGUCGUUUCUCCUAAAGAUUAUUCAACAAAAUACAGAUAUUAAUUUCUUUUAAAUUGUUUCAAAGCGAGCUCAAGAAUACUUAUAUGUGAAAGGAAUAUAUUAAAAAAAGGCUUUGUUUUAAUAUGUGUGAGGGACUACACCAAAAUCUCUUUCUACAUAUUUCACAAAAGUAUGGUUUUCUACCAGUGUCUCUUAGAGUAGGCUGCCUCAAAUUGCCUAAUUUUGACAAAUUAUUUUCACAUUGGACAAGAGUAUUGUGUUCUGCCAAAGCAUUCAUGUUUUUUUGAGGUACAUGUUCUAUGAUUUUUUCGACAUUUCCCGCGCAAGUAUUGUUUAUUCCCAAUGGAAAAGGACGCAAAAUCAGCCAAACUUGAUCUCCGACGACCUUAGUAUUGAAAUGUGAAGAGUUGUCAAGACAAACUGUCAGUAUUAUGUCUGUUGUUCAAACAUUAUGUUUGUGUUCACCCCAGAAAAAGGUUCCAAAUUUCGUUUUCAAAUUUAUUUAAAUUUGAUGUCUCUGGUAUCUCUAAGAUUCUACAAAAAUAAACUGUGGCAAAAUGUCUCAAUAAUAUGUAUAUGGAAUGUAUGUUCAAAAAACUUAAUUUUAAGAAUGCAAAUGAGAUAGAAUCACAUACCAGGUGAAUGAAUGAAUAUUUCUGCAAAGAUAAGUUUGGCAUUUUGUGAUUAUUCUUAUAUUUCGGAUUGUCGAAGUUGUCAGUAUUAAAAAAUCUGUCAUCAUGAAUGUUCAUAUUUGAAUUACUUGUCUAUUCUGGCAGAUUUCAAUAUAAUAUUUAUGAUUUAAGGUAAAUUCAUCCAUAUUCAGAAACGUGGACACGGACAGUGGGAUAAACUAUAAAAAGGUUUAUUAGUUUCAAUUCUUUAUGAAAUAGCCAUUCAGAAUUUAAAUUGGAGAAUAUUUUUAAGAUAACUACUAUGAACAUAUAAAUUCUGAAUUCAUCGAAUAUUCACUUUUACUUGUAUAAUUUAAAAUGUGGCAUCAUCCUUGUUUCAUCAGAAAGGUUUUGGGCGAUAUAUUUGAUUACUGACUAGUUUAUUUUCUGUUUCUGCUGAAUUUCUGUGCUUAUGAAACCCAAUUUUUCCAUAUGUUUAUAUUUUAAAUUUAUGUAGAAACAUUAGGUAAAGGCAUAGGUUUCUGACUCUGGAAUGACUCCUAGGGUAACAAACCGGACAGUCGAAAUGCCUAAUCUCGAAAAAGUUAAUUAUUUGCAUAUGCUAAUUAAGAACCUCACAGUAGAAGUAAAGUCGACUGAGUCAAUGUGUUAAUUAUGUAUGAUGCGAUUAAAAUUUAUUUCUCGUUUUGAAUAUGAUGUCCAUGCUAUUUUUUUGGUUGGAUAUAAAGUUUAUGUAUUGUCUCAUUCAACACUCACUCUUACCACCAGUGUUGGAAGAAAGUCCCAAAACUUCGCAGGUCAUGGGUCGUCUGAGUCGAUCACUGAGCUAUGUUUCACUGAUGGUUAGUUGGAAGUUUGGGACCAAUUCAUUUAAUUCGGAUGACUUUAAUCACUGUUCAGGUGGAAGCUGACCUCUAUGACCGUAUGAUCAUAUCACUCCCUCCUGUCCAUACCAAAACAAUUUUAUUGCUGUUGCUAUCUUAUUGAUGACUGUAUUUUUUGGACAAAAUAAUAUUCUCUCUCUCGCUGUUAUAUCGUGACUUGAAACAGAACUGUGCCAAUUGGGCCUCUCUUUUUCGAUUGACUAAAUAAUAAAUCUCUCGCUCUUAUAGGGUGACUCGAGUCAAUGAAUCGAGCUACUACAAUACUGCUCUUUUCUAUUUAUGCAUCAUCUACUUGCAAUUUUGUGAAAUAAAUACCACUUUACACCAGUCUA